UAUUAAGUAUAUAUAUAUAACGUCAGAUGUCAGAUGGUUUAAUCAUUAACAGAAUCGAAAAACGCUUCGUAUCUGUACGGCAGUCAUUUUGUAUUUUAAUAUUAGCAAAAGGAUUUUUCCUCUAAAAUUGCUGUAGGUGCGGUUUUGUGUGAUAUUUUUUUUUGUUCUACUACCAAAGCUAUUAGUCGUGAGAAAAAAAAUUCUGAAAUACAGUUUCAUAACUUGGUUUACUUAGUUUGAAAAUGGGCAGGUCUAGAUCUCCCAGUAGGUCUCCCAGAAAACACCACAAAAGUAAACAUCACAAGAGGAGCAAAUCAAGGGACAAAAGCUCCAGUACUUACAAAAAUAGUGACAGGAUGGAGAGGUCUGAGAAAAUUAAAGAUAAAAGUCUCAAAUCCAGUAAAAAGCGUUCACAUUCCAUAUCAUCUUCCUCAAGUAGCUAUGCAUCUGAUGACUAUAGCAAAUCCGAAAGAUAUUCUAGUAAAAGGCAUAAGCUUCGAAAAAUGGAUGAAGUAGAGCGUCUAGCAGAGAUGGAAAGGCAAAGACGUCAAAGGGAAGCAGAACAGAGGCUAAUAGAAGAAGAGACAGCAAAACGAAUAGAAGAACUCGUCAACAGGAGGGUUGAAGAAGAGUUAGAAAAAAGAAAAGACGAAAUCGAAAGGGAAGUAAACAGGAGGGUGGAGGAGGCCAAACAAAUAAUGGAAAAAGAAAUGAUGGAAGACCUGGAGCGGAGAAGAGAAAAGUUGAAAGAGGAAGAGAAACGUAGAGAGGAAGAAGAAAAGAAAAAACAGGAAAUGGUCGAAAAAAUCUUGGAAGAGAACCAGAGGAAAAUAGAGGAAGCUCAGAAGAAAUUGGCUGAAGAAAGGUUAGCAAUGGUGGAGGAACAGAGAAAAAUAGACGAGGAGAGGCAGAGACUAAGGAAAGAACAGGAAAAGAGGACAAAAGAGGAACAGAAGAAAAUACUGGGAAAAAAUAAUUCCAGGCCUAAAUUAUCCUUUUCUCUUAAACCUGUUCUUUAGCUACUUUUGCUGUUGGUGCUGUGAAAAUAAGUGUAAUUCAUAAUUCUGUAAAUAUUGCGAAUAAUGAGUAAGUUAAGUUUAAAUGUAAUAUAAAUAGUGUAAUAUUUACCAUUUUACAUAAGAAUCAUUUUGAUAAUUAAAAAGCUCUUCUUCACUCCUCUGA